GUAUUAAAACCCUCAUACCCUCCGCGUGACGAAGCAUACAAAACAAAUAAGCUAACAUUUCUGCGAUCGAUUUCUAAGAUUUCGGCUACAGAUUUUUCUCUGGAUCUUGAUAUCUGAUACAUUACUGAUCAUCGCCAUGAUGAGUCGUGGUGGAACAAGAUUGGCCGGUUCAUCGUUGUCGGCGUUGGGCCAACGCUAUUUCUCAAUUGUCACUGCUCGGUCGGUGUCGCAUCAAACGGCAUCGGGAAUCCUGAACGGUUUGGCCGGGGCUCCUGUACGGAGUGUGACCUUUUGGGCGAGGGCUCCAGUUCUUGGCUUGAGAAACGGGAGCAGUAUGGCUCUACAGGGUGAGAAGACCGAUCGGGUGAAGAAAGAACCGGUGGCAGAAUCCGCUGGAGCCCCUGGUGGAAAGGAUGAGAAGCAGAUCAGUUAUUGGGGCAUUCCGCCUGAAAAGAUCUCAAAAGAGGAUGGAACGGAGUGGAAGUGGAACUGCUUUAGGCCAUGGGAGACAUACAAGGCGGAUUUGUCAAUCGAUCUGCAGAAGCAUCAUGUACCAACUACGUUCUUGGACAAAAUGGCCUUCUGGACUGUCAAGUCUCUUAGAUGGCCAACUGAUCUGUUUUUCCAGAGAAGAUAUGGGUGUCGGGCAAUGAUGUUGGAAACAGUGGCAGCAGUCCCGGGCAUGGUUGGUGGGUUGCUACUGCACUGCAAGUCAUUGAGGCGAUUUGAGCACAGUGGGGGCUGGAUCAAGGCUCUGCUGGAAGAAGCUGAGAAUGAACGCAUGCACCUCAUGACAUUCAUGGAAGUAGCCAAGCCCAAGUGGUACGAGAGAGCUCUGGUUUUUACUGUCCAAGGUGUUUUCUUCAAUGCCUACUUCCUUGGUUACCUCAUCUCUCCCAAGUUUGCACAUCGAAUGGUGGGGUAUUUGGAGGAGGAAGCCAUUCACUCAUACACUGAGUUCCUUAAGGAGUUGGACAAGGGGAACAUUGAGAAUGUUCCUGCUCCUGCUAUUGCCAUUGACUACUGGCGUUUGCCUGCAGAUUCAACCCUCCGAGAUGUUGUGACAGUUGUGAGGGCUGACGAGGCUCAUCACCGUGAUGUGAAUCACUUUGCAUCGGACAUACAUUACCAGGGUCGCGAGUUGAGGGAGUCUGCUGCUCCGCUUGGGUAUCACUGAACUGCUAAGAGUCGAUAUUAUGUAUUUUAAAAUCUGAAGAUGUAUAAAAGCUAUGAAUAAAGAAAGCUGACGGAUGUAAUGGUAUCUUUUGAACCUUUUGGUCUACAAUUGAUUCUGAUGUAAAAUUGUUUUGAAGUUUUGUGCUUGUUCCUAAUCCAUGCAAUAGUAUAUGUUGCUUGAUUUUCUUGGCA